AAGCGAAGCCUUCCAAAAAUCUCAAUCCCCCACCCACCACUUCCUAUAGAAAAAGAAUACAGCAGGAAAAGAAGUGGCAUAUGAAAACAAGCCAUACCAUCAUCAUCAACAAUAUCAUCCCCAUCUUUGGUUUUUUUCCCUUCCUUCUCUUUUGAUUCUAACCUACCACCUACAUCCUCACCCACCUCUUCAACUUGCACAAAGCAAACUCUUUUAUUCCACCGCAAGUCUCUCUCUGCCUGUCUCCAUUUUGUUUUCCUUUAUGUCCAGUCUUUUCCUUGAAUUCAUGGAUUUAUGAUGAUGUCAACACGAUCCAAAAAAGGAUUGGAAACUAGAGAGAAAGGCUUCCAGUGCGUUAUAAGUAAUCAAUCUGCUAUCUGAAACAGCCCUGAUUUGUUCUGUUUUGUUUUCUUUCCCUUUAAAACAUUCUUCCUAUUACCACAUUUUGCGUUUAAUUCCAUUCAUUUAUCUUACAAAGCUUAUUAAAAAAGCCUUCUUAUCAAAUGGGAUACACAUGUAGGAACAAGAUCUUCCAAUAUAUCAUUGUUUCAUAGAUUGUUCUUUGUGUCGGCUCUGUUUUGUUCUCUUCUCUCAUUUAUCGGAGCUUUCUUGCCAACUCUGAACCAAGGAGGAUAUAGUAUAGAAACUUCCUUGGAGCAUCACAUUGAGGAUUUAACUUUCUUUCGAUGGAUUCUUUCAAUCAAUCAACUGGGUUCAGGUAUAAUCCAAAUUUAAACACGAUGGGCGAUGCAGAUGCCGAUUCUGAGUUCUGUGGGAUUCUUGAAAUCUAUGUUCAUCAUGCCAGGAAUAUUCACAACAUAUGUAUCUAUGAUAACCAAGAUGUUUAUGCAAAAUUCUCUCUAACUUAUAAUCCUGAUGAGACCCUUUCAACUAGAAUUAUCAAUAGAGGUGGAAAAAACCCAGAAUUCAAUGAAAACUUGAUGAUGAAACUCGCUCAACUCGAUGCAGUCCUCAAAUGUGAGAUUUGGAUGCUUAGUAGAGCUAGAAACUACAUGGAAGAUCAGCUUCUAGGAUUUGCUUUGGUCCCUAUUUCACAAGUUUCUGGAAAAGGAAAGGUGACGCAAGAUUACAGCCUCUCCUCCACUGACCUCUUUCACUCUCCCGCUGGCACUAUCAAAUUGUCUCUCUCCUUAAGCACAUCUUUUCCUGUCAAGCCCUCAACAACAGCUGCCAAAUCUUCGAUAUCAUCAGAGGUCGUGCUUCUUGAUAGAAAGGUAUCAGAAGUUAUUCUGGACCCAGUUGAGUAUUCGAGAAUUGAAUUUCCUGAUAUCAAUGUUGUUAGAGAGAAUCAGCUAAUGGUCUCAGAAUAUUUUGAUGACUUGGGUUCCAGGCCUGGCUCAUUUCUUCACCUCGGUGCCUCUCCGCAACCUGCUAUUCAUGAUUGUGAAAUGAACAUAAAUUCCUCCGAGCAAAAUCAAGGCGGUUCCUCUUCACCUAGUGGCAGCAUCCAAAAUUCCAGUUUCUUGAGCUCUACGACAACAAGCCUGAGCGAUGACAGAAAUUCUUCUGACUCGGUUGAUAGGAAGAGUCGUUUGGGUGGUCGAUUCUCAAGCUCUCUUAACGUUUCGAUCACAACGGAGGCUAAUCAUAACUCCUGUGCUUGUCCUGACACACCAACAUCAAAGAAGGGAAAUGAAGUCCGAGACGAAAAGGAAUCAGAUUUUACAAGCAAGGAGGAGGAGAGCAGGAAGGAAGGAAACAUGAGUCCUGUUAAAUUUGGUCAAGUAUUUUCAUCCCCCCUAGGAAAUAUCAAUCUCGAGGCCGAACAGUCUGCAAUGCAGCAGCAAAUAGUAGAUAUGUACAUGAGGAGCAUGCAACAAUUCACAGAAUCCUUGGCCAAGAUGGAGCUACCUAUGGAUCUUGACAAGCUGGAAUCUGUAGAUCGUGGUGAUGUGAUUCAAAGUCUUAGCAAUAAACUAGAGCUUGAGAAAAAGAAAAAGGACGGAGGGCGAGUGUUUUAUGGUAGCCGCGCAUUCUUCUAAUCAAUAACCCUUUCUGCUGCAUAUGUUACCUUGCUUUGUCCUAUCAGGAAAUGGAGUUCAAUUAUCGGCUUCUUCAGAGGUUUUUAUGAUUCGAAAUAUUCUUAUUGUUUCUUAACUUCCUUUUUUUUUCUCGUCACGACAAUUUCUUCUAAGAUCUUUCACUUCAUUAACCUUCACAAACGCAUACCUGAGAUGUGUUCUGCUAUCUAGUUGUGUGGGUGGUUAGUAAAUCUUUGUUUUUCAAGCAUUCGGGACAUUUCACAUGUUUUCAACUAUGUAAUAAUAACUGUAUCCGUAUUGAAGGGUUCCCAAGGUUUGUAUGCUGUAAAUGGGGAUCUUGAGUCCACUAAGACAUCUCUGCAGGUUUAGCUUACAGGAUUUUAUAUGUAAAACGUCAAAAACAAAUUUAUGCCCAUAGAGAGUGACAUGAUUACAAUGCUA